CGUUUGCAAUUUUACCACAUUCUUUUUCCCGCCAGAAUCAUCCGCCUUUGUUUGUAUGAGUCUCCCGCAAGCUGUUAUUUAGCAAGUUGGGUCUAUGCUCAAGUCUUCUUUAGUCCUUUCCUUCGAAUGUUCCCCAACUGGUCCAAUCUCACCUACGCCCUAAACAACACGUACACGCAAACGCGCGCAUAGCCAUUUGAGCAGGCAAGCACUGCCAGAUCCGAUGUCGUCCCCCUCACAAUCCGCUGGUAGCGUACGGCAACGCAAGAAAGAGAAGCGUGUCACCACUCCAGUGCCUGAUGGAGCAUCUGAGGCAGCUGUAGAGAUAGCUGCGAAGGCCAAGCAAGAGCUUCAUCCGUCGCAGGGAGCAGAAUGGGACUAUAGGCUAGCCAUUACUAUCAUUACAGUACUUGCAUUCGUGACACGAUUCUGGUCCAUCGGUCACCCAGACCAGGUAGUGUUCGAUGAAGUUCACUUCGGCAAGUUUGCGUCUUAUUACCUGCGCCGAAUGUACUUCUUCGACGUUCAUCCUCCCUUUGGGAAGCUUCUCUUUGCUUUUGCUGGCUGGCUGGUUGGCUACGAUGGAGACUUCCUGUUUGACAACAUUGGUGAUUCAUACAUCACGAACAAUGUACCCUACGUUGCAUACCGUGCGAUGCCCGCUUCUCUUGGCGCUCUCACUGUACCAACAGUGUUCCUCAUCAUGUGGGAAUCUGGUUAUUCCUUACCUGCCUGUGUUACAGCAGCUGGAUUGAUGCUGUUCGACAAUGCACACAUUGGACAAACUCGUCUUAUACUCCUGGAUGCGACACUGAUAUUUUCCAUGGCACUCAGUGUAUUAUGUUAUGUCAAGUUCUACAAGCAAAGACAUGAGGCCUUCGGCCGGAAAUGGUGGAAAUGGCUCCUCCUCACAGGCGUGGCACUAAGUUGUGUCAUUUCCACUAAAUACGUGGGCGUCUUUACAUUCUUCUCCAUUGGCGUGCCGGUUGCUAUUGAUUUGUGGAGCUUGCUGGACAUUAAUCGUCGACAAGGCGCUUUAUCACUGCAAGAAUUUGCCAAGCACUUCGUUGCUCGUGCAAUUGGACUCAUUGCAAUCCCCUUUAUUCUCUAUCUCUUCUGGUUCCAGGUUCACUUCACUAUUUUGACCCGCUCUGGUCCAGGUGACGAUUUUAUGACGCCCGAAUUUCAGGAGACACUCAGCGACAAUCUUAUGACCAUGAGCUCUGUCAACAUCGAAUAUUAUGAUCACUUAACUUUGAGGCACAAAGAGACUAAGACAUAUCUCCACAGCCAUCCAGACGUAUACCCGCUACGAUACGAUGACGGACGUAUCUCUAGUCAAGGUCAACAGGUGACAGGUUACCCUCACAAUGAUACUAACAACCACUGGCAAAUCCUUCCCGGGUCCCCUCUCACUGGCUCAACUGGACAGAAGGUGAAGCAUGGCGACAUUGUUAAGCUUCGUCAUUUGGUUACAGAUACCAUUCUAUUGACCCAUGACGUCGCGUCUCCGUACUACCCAACGAAUCAAGAAUUUACAACUGUGAGUAUUGAAGAUGCCGCUGGUACACGACACAACGAAACUUUAUUUGAGAUUCGGAUCGAUGGGGCGAAACCUGGUCAGGAGUUCAAGACAAUGUCUUCACACUUUAAACUCGUCCACUUUACAUCCAGAGUAGCCAUGUGGACACACACUAGCCCUCUUCCUGACUGGGCCUAUAAGCAAGCAGAAAUUAAUGGCAACAAAAACGUCCAGCAGUCUAGCAACACGUGGUACGUCGAGGAAAUCCCUUCGCUUUCCUUGGACAGCGAUCGUUUAAUCCGGGAACCGCGCAAGCCCAAACGGAUGCCAUUUCUCAAGAAAUACCUUGAGCUUCAACGAGCUAUGUUCUACCACAACAAUGCUCUCACGAGCAGUCAUCCCUACGCAUCAUUUCCAAUCGCAUGGCCAUUUCUCCUUCGUGGGGUCUCUUUCUGGACUGAGAAUUCAACUCGCUCUCAGAUAUAUUUCCUGGGAAACCCAAUCAGCUGGUGGCUUAGCAGCGCCCUUCUUGCAGUAUUUCUAGGUAUCCUUGGAGCAGAUCAACUCGCACUCAGGAGAGGAAUGGAUGCUUUAGAUGACAGAACCAGAUCACGUAUUUACAAUAGCACCGGCUUCUUCUUCCUGACUUGGGCAGCUCAUUAUUUUCCGUUCUUCCUCAUGGGACGACAGCUCUUCUUGCACCAUUAUCUGCCCGCCCAUCUGGCUUCCACUCUAGUGACUGGCGCUCUGGUUGAGUUUAUCUUCAAUAUUGAGCCACUCAGCUCGAAUGAGGUUUCAAUCGUAAUCCCAGGUAAGAGAAAAACAGCAUCCAUCCGCAAGCCUGUCAGAGAAAGACUCGGUGGUCAAAACCUUCUUGGAGCAUGGAUAGCGACGAGCGCGAUUCUUGCCCUUGUAUUUGCAGUCUUCAUCUUCUAUGCUCCCCUCACGUACGGAAAGCCUGGCCUUGACGUGGCUGGCGUGGUUGCACGGAAAUGGCUGAAUUACGAUCUCCACUUUGCAAAAUAGCCGAAGUACCAUCAUGAGUAAUAGCAGAUGGAGAACUUCGUGACUAUACGUACGAGGAGUCUCACUCUCAUAGUAGGGGGAACAAGUCAUACCAAGACAAACAAAUAUUGUAUCUGCGAUUUUGACAGGUAACAUGCAGCGGGGGUGGCUUGGCCUUAUCUCUACUUCAUUAUCAAAUAAUUAGCAAACAUAUUAAGCAUGAGGAAAGCAUUCAUGACAAGCCUAGGCCACUGAUGACAUUCUUUUCUUGCAUCAGACGGGCAAAUUCUCGGCUUUGUGGCCCCGCUUUGUGUGUGGAGAGACUGACGGCUAUGCCUAAAUAUCUGUCGUUUUCCUAGAACCUGACUACCUAGGCACUCGUGCAUACGUGUUCUCACCCCUAUCUUUCUGAUUCGGAGGUUACAACUCCGAAGUGCGUGGGACGGGUGGAG